CUGGUCUGUCAUGCUCAUUUCUAGAGCUGGAUUUGAACACCAAGUGCAUUGUGGAGAUGCAAGGGAAUCAGACUGUGCUGCACCCUCCCCCUUCAAACACCAAACAUGGAGAAAACAGAAAACCACCAAAGGUGUUUGCCUUUGAUUACUGCUUUUGGUCAAUGGAUGAAUCAAACACCACAAAGUAUGCAGGACAAGAAGUGGUGUUUAAGUGCCUUGGAGAAGGAAUUCUUGAAAAGGCCUUUCAGGGAUACAAUGCUUGUAUUUUUGCCUAUGGACAGACAGGUUCUGGAAAAUCCUUCUCAAUGAUGGGCAAUGCAGAGCAGCUGGGCCUGAUUCCACGGCUGUGUUGUGCUUUAUUUCAGAGAAUUUCUGUAGAAGAAAAUGAAUCUCAGACCUUUAAAGUUGAAGUAUCCUAUAUGGAAAUCUAUAAUGAGAAGGUCAGAGAUCUGUUAGAUCCUAAAGGGAGUCGGCAGUCCCUUAAGGUUCGAGAGCACAAAGUAUUGGGACCCUAUGUAGAUGGCUUGUCUCAGCUGGCUGUUACUAACUUUGAGGAUAUUGAGUCCCUGAUGUCAGAGGGAAACAAAUCUCGAACAGUUGCUGCAACCAACAUGAAUGAGGAAAGCAGCCGAUCUCAUGCUGUAUUCAAUAUUGUUGUAACUCAGACACUUUAUGACUUGCAGUCUGGUAAUUCUGGAGAGAAGGUCAGCAAAGUCAGCCUGGUGGAUUUGGCUGGUAGUGAGAGAGUGUCUAAAACAGGAGCUGCAGGGGAACGUCUGAAAGAAGGCAGCAACAUAAACAAGUCACUCUCAACACUGGGGUUGGUUAUAUCAUCACUUGCUGAUCAAGCAGCAGGAAAGGGGAAAAACAAGUUUGUACCUUAUAGAGAUUCAGUACUCACUUGGCUUCUCAAGGACAAUUUGGGAGGAAACAGCCAAACUGCCAUGAUAGCCACAAUUAGCCCAGCAGCUGACAAUUAUGAAGAAACUCUCUCUACAUUGAGAUAUGCAGACAGAGCCAAAAGGAUAGUUAAUCAUGCAGUAGUAAAUGAAGAUCCAAAUGCCAGAGUGAUUCGAGAACUACGCGAAGAAGUGGAAAAACUAAAAGAACAGCUUUCACAAGCUGAGGCCUUGAAAGCACCAGAGCUGAAGGAAAAAUUGGAAGAAUCUGAAAAAUUGAUAAAAGAACUUACAGUCACCUGGGAGGAAAAGCUAAGGAAAACAGAAGAAAUUGCACAGGAAAGGCAAAGGCAGCUAGAGAGCAUGGGAAUUUCUCUUGAGUCCUCUGGUAUCAAAGUCGGGGAUGACAAGUGUUACCUGGUUAAUCUGAAUGCAGACCCUGCCCUCAAUGAACUUUUGGUUUAUUAUUUAAAGGAUCACACCAGAGUUGGUGCAGAUACCUCUCAGGAUAUACAACUCUUUGGUAUAGGGAUCCAACCAGAGCACUGUGAGAUUGACAUUUCAUCAGAUGGGGAAGUUUCUCUCACACCAAAAGAAAAUGCAAGAUCCUGUGUAAAUGGCACACUGGUAUGCUCUGACACUCAGCUGUGGCAUGGAGAUAGAAUCCUAUGGGGAAACAACCACUUCUUUAGAAUCAAUCUGCCAAAGAGGAAGCGACGAGAUUGGUUGAAAGACUUUGAAAAAGAAACCAUGUUAGCCGAACAUGAUCUGGAUGUAGCUAGUGAAGCUUCUUCUGAACCAGAUUACAACUACGAAUUUGCACAAAUGGAAGUUAUAAUGAAAACACUGAAUAGUAAUGAUCCAGUCCAAAAUGUGGUGCAGAUGUUAGAGAAGCAGUACUUGGAAGAGAAGCAGAGUGCUCUUGAGGAGCAAAGGAUGAUGUAUGAGCGUGAGCUUGAGCAGCUCCGGCAGAAGCUUUCCCCAGAAAGGCAGCAUCAGCAUGGCAGCGAUAGGCUUUCAUAUACAGCUCAGACUGCCCAGCAAAAAGUAAACCUCUGGACAGAAGAGAGGGAUGAAUUGUUCCGGCAGAGCCUGGCUAAACUUCGAGAGCAAAUAGUAAAAGCAAAUACACUGGUGAGAGAAGCAAACUUCUUAGCGGAAGAAAUGAACAAGCUAACUGAUUAUCAGGUGACACUUCAGAUCCCUGCUGCAAACCUCAGUGCCAACAGAAAGAGGGGGGCAAUAGUAAGUGAGCCAGCUAUUCAAGUAAGAAGAAAAGGAAAAGGUACUCAGGUGUGGACUAUUGAGAAACUGGAGAACAAAUUGAUUGACAUGAGAGACCUAUAUCAAGAAUGGAAAGAGAAAGUUCCUGAGAUAAGGAAGCUCAUUGGUAAAAAAGGUGACCCUUUCUAUGAAGCACAAGAGAACCAUAUCUUAAUUGGAGUAGCAAAUGUCUUUUUGGAGUGCCUUUUCUAUGAUGUUAAACUUCAGUAUGCGGUGCCCAUCAUCAGCCAGCAGGGGGAGGUUGCAGGACGACUGCAUGUUGAAGUGAUGCGAGUUACUGGUGUUGUUCCAGAAUGUGUAGCAGAAGGGGAUGACUCUUCUGAGAACUCCAGUGAGAGCGGAAGCCUGGAAAUCAUGGACAGUAAUGGAGAAAUUAUUCACAGAGCAAAAAAGCUCACCUGUAGGGUGAAAAUAAAAGAAGCAACUGGACUGCCACUGAAUUUGUCUAACUUUGUCUUCUGUCAAUAUGCAUUCUGGGAUCAGUGUGAGUCAACGGUAGCAGCACCAAUGGUCAAUCCAGAUGUGCCAUCACCUCAAAGCAAGGAACCUCAAUUUAGAGUGAUUUUCUGUCACUGCAAGGACUAUGUGGUAAAUGUCACAGAGGAAUUUCUGGAGUUCAUUUCAGAAGGAGCUCUUGCUAUUGAGGUGUGGGGUCAUAGGUGUACUGGCAAUGGCAGCUCGAUUUGGGAGGUUGAUUCUCUUCAUGCUAAAACUAGAACACUGAGAGACAGGUGGAGUGAAGUAACUCGCAGAAUAGAAAUGUGGAUUUCCAUACAAGAACUAAAUGAGAUGGGGGAAUACACAGCAGUUGAACUCCAUCAGGCAAAGGAUGUAAACACUGGGGGGAUUUUCCAACUUAGGCAGGGUCAUUCUCGAAGAAUUCUGGUAACAGUGAAGCCUGUACAGCAUUCAGGAACACUUCCCCUCAUGGUGGAAGCCAUUCUUUCUGUGUCUGUAGGCUGUGUGACUGCCAGGUCGACCAAACUACAAAGGGGCUUGGACAGCUACCAGAGAGAUGAUGUUGAUGAUGAUGGUGAUAUGGAUAGUUAUCAGGAAGAAGAUUUAAACUGUGUGCGAGAGAGGUGGUCUGAUGCGCUAAUAAAACGUAGGGAGUACUUAGAUGAACAGAUUAAAAAAAUCAGCAAUAAGCAAGAGAAAACGGAGGAUGAAAUAGAACGUGAAGCACGGCUGCUAGAACAGUGGAUGGGACUAACAGAAGAGAGGAAUGCAGUGCUUGUCCCAGCAUCAGACAGUGGCAUCCCAGGUGCUCCUGCAAAUUGGGCCCCACCCUCAGGAAUGGAAACACACAUACCGGUACUUUUCCUUGAUUUGAAUGCUGAUGACCUCAGUGCCAAUGAACAGCUUGUAGGUCCUCAUGCAUCAGGAGUUAACUCAAUACUACCAAAAGAGCAUGGGAGUCAGUUCUUUUAUCUGCCAAUCAUAAAACACAGUGACGAUGAGGUUUCAGCCACUGCUUCUUGGGACUCUUCUGUACACGAGUCAGUGCAUUUGAACAGGGUAACACCACAAAAUGAGAGGAUUUACUUAAUAGUGAAGAUCACUGUGCAACUUAGUCAUCCUGCUGCUAUGGAAUUAGUACUGCGUAAAAGGAUUGCAGCCAAUAUUUACAACAAGCAGAGUUUUACGCAGAGUCUGAAAAGAAGAAUAUCUUUGAAAAAUAUAUUUUAUUCCUGUGGUGUGACCUAUGAAGUAGUAUCCAAUAUACCAAAGGCUACAGAGGAAAUUGAGGAUCGUGAGACUCUGGCCCUGAUGGCAGCAAGAACUGAGAACGAGGGUACAUCUGAUGGUGAAACUUAUAUAGAGAAAUAUACACGUUGCGUGUUGCAAGUGGAGAACAUUUUAAGCCUUGAACGACUAAGGCAGGCAGUCACAAUGAAAGAAGCACUCUCUACUAAGGCAAGACACAUACGGAGGAGUAUCAGCACACCAAAUGUCCAUAAUGGUUGGUCAGAAAGCCACCUAGAUAUAGCAGAUUCUUCCAGUUAUCAAGAUGUAUCGUGUUACAGUACUUUACCGAAGGAUUCCCCUCGCAGAAAUAAAGAUGUUAGUGGUUGUAUAUCGGAGAAUCCUCAUGCCUUAAUAGUCAGCCCCUUUAAAGCUUUUUCUCCUCAGCCACCAAAGUUUUUCAAACCCUUAAUGCCUGUAAAAGAGGAGCAUAAAAGAAAGACACCUCUCGAAACCCGACCUCUACUUAGCCAAGAGAGCAUGCCUUCACCUCAGGUACAUAAAGCUGGCUGUGUUGUGCCCUCAGGAAGUAAUGCCAGCAGCAUGCCUGUAGAAAACAAUAGCAUACAUGAAGAGAAGAUUGACUCUGAUGAAGAGGAUGGUGAGCUGGAAGCCAUUAAUAAGAAGCUGAAUAGCUCACAGGGUUUUCAUAAUUUUCGGCCUUAUAUACCUGAGGAGUUUGCUGACUUCAGUGUUUACAAUGCUAGUCUGGAGAACAGAGAAUGGUUUUCCGCUAAAACCGAUUGCAUGAAUUCUCGUGUCCUUGAGAAAGAGGUAUCCCGCAGUCCCACCACUAGCAGUAUUACUAGUGGCUACUUUUCGCACAGUGCCUCUAAUGUUACCCUGUCUGACAUGCUUGUUCCCUGUAGUGAUAGUACAGACCAGCUAACCAAUCAGAUGAAGGAUUUGGACUCCAGUGAUCAGUCAGGACCAUGUCUUGCAUAUGAUGUGAGAUCUUUGAACAAGGAAUUUCCAGAAAGGGGCUUAGCUAAAGAUAAAAUACACAUGUCACCACUCAAAGAAAACAGUGCCUUAGCAAAAGAGAUUUCACCAUCUCUAAAUACCACUGAUAAAAACUGUAAUAUAUUACAUAAAGCUGGAUCUUGUUCACGUUUAGAUUCAUCAACUAGCAAAAAUAUGCGAGACAAAAUUGAAUUUUCAUCUCGACUAGCAACGGUUGAGCAUACUUUAGAUGUUCUUGAAGAUCAUUCAUUUACAGAAUUCAUGGGUGUUGAAGAUGGAAAGGACUUUGACCAAUCAGUAGAUCCAAAGUUAUGUUCCACUGGUUCCUCUAAAGGAAGGAAAGAAAUACCAACUGUGAGGGUGGACAGUGCCUCAGAUUUAUCACAAAACACUUACAACGCGCAGCUGGAAUCUGUUGCUGUGGACUACCAGCUGUCAAAUGCCACUGAAAACCCUCUGUUUUCUGUGUUACUGAAAGAGACUUCAUACUGUCAUACAUAUCCUGAUUCUUCCCUUAAUGAUUGUAUUGCAAAGAACCAUUUGGAUGUUUCAGACUCUGAAGAUGGUGCUUCUGUAGACCAAGCCCACACCUUGCCUAGCUGGGUGGCAGUGGGAGAACCAGUGUGUGUAGGAAGUAAUAAAACAGGCAUAGUGAGAUACAUUGGACCAGUGGAUUUUUCAGCUGGAAUCUGGGUUGGAGUUGAACUAAGCAUUCAGUUGGGGAAACAUGAUGGAACUGUGAAAGGUAGAGAGUAUUUCCACUGCAAGCCACAACACGGUUUGUUCGUUCGACCAGGCCGCCUCAGUAAAGCACAAGCUUCAACAAAGAAAUGCAGUAGCACUUCAGAAUCUCAGGCAUCCUCAAAUUUAGAGAAGCGGAAAAGUUCCAUACUUCAGGGGUCAUCAUCAUCUUCUAAAGCAGGAGAAACACCCUUCUUUCAAUCAGGAGAUGCAGCUGCUUCUGCAUUUUCUAGGAAACAAGAGAACAGGAAGUCUUGGAUUAAAUAAGCCGUAGUAUUUUUGCACUUGCUACACACACUACAGUGUAGAAACCUUUAUAGAUUUUAAAAGUCGUUGUACAGUCUUCAUCUGUCCAUACUGAAUGUGCACUCUGUAGAGUCAUGGACUUAAUUCUGAAAUUUUUUAUAAAAAUAUAUAUAUAUUAUAUAUAUAUAUUGUGCGUCUAGAGUUAGUUUACCAAUAGGCAGAUAUGGCUGCACAC